AUGAGCCAUAACGGAACUGCCACAUCUGCGAUUACCACAACCAUAUCUCCAUGCGGACACUACGUGGUGGCACUUGACGACGGCAAUGCGAAGAUAUGUGCUGUGAAUGGAGGACAUGUCAUCAAGAAAUAUCAGCUCCAACACCGUGGAUAUCCGGUAUGGGAACCACUUGGUGAUAAUCCUGAGUGUACUAAAGUGGCCAUUGUUGGUCAAUUUACACUUACAGUGCUUAUGGUUAUGGAUUUUGAAGGGAUUGAGGCCGAACCUGUCAUGGUAUCGGUUGCCGGUCUUAAGCUCACAAACUUCAAGUGGAUCUCAGCACAAACUGAUCAACAGUUAGCUGCUGAUGUUGAUGACGAUGCAGUGUUUAUGGGAGUUUAUUCGGGAGCAGUACAAUUUGUGGUGACCACUGAAUUCAAUCUCAGUGCUCACUUAUGGUCGCUUACUGCUUCCCAGCCAUUACUACUGGUAGAAAACCCAUUGGCAGUAUCCACAUCCACGUGUAAUCUGUGGCUGAUCUUAUUGAGUCAAGGACAAUGGCUUCUGUUUGCUAAUGUUGGUGCUGCCAGUGUUGCCCUUGGUAAUUUCCAUUUGACUAAAGAGUAUUCUGAGCCAAAAUGGAGCCAAUGGAACUCGAGCGGUACUUAUUGGGCAGUACUGAAUCUGUCAUUAUCGGGUACAGUGGUGGAUAUCUAUACGCGUACUGGUGAUUUAUUAACUUGGUACGCUCAUACUUUGGGAAUUGAUUAUCAGCUCAAAUGGAUCACUGAUAAGGCGAUAGCCGGUGCCACUGUGGCUGACCAUAAAGUCAUUGUGGCGGUGUAUAGUCUACUUGAAGGACGCAUUGCUGAAGAGCUAUUAGUGCAAUUUUCGUUGGAAAGAAGAAUAUGGUGUGUCCAUGAACAUGGUGGCUAUAUUGAAAUGAAACGUCCCAUGGAUAGCACUCGUCUUUUGCGAGUUUACGGAAGUGACGGAAUCGUGGUGGUGGUGCUUGAUCGUGAAGUGAUCAUUUGGGAAUGGGUGGGGACAUCAUUAGUGGAACGAGCCGUGAUUCGCGUCGAUGAUGUCCACAGUGUGUCACACCGUGACGCUCUGGUGUUUAUCUGUGCUAACACGUCGGUAAUUCAGUUUUCCAUGGGGGUAGUUUCCACUUUAUACCAAGGAUCGUCACGGCUUCGACAAAUGGUAGUUACCCCAGGUAACGGACCCAUCGUGGUCGUUACCGGAGCCACCACCUGGGAAGAAAUACUUGUACCUCGUCCCGCCGACUACGAAGUCACCGAUACCUUUGCCGGGCGUUAA